AGUAAUGAAUGAAGAGCAGCAUUUUCCUCGCCAAAACGGCGCAAGGGCAGUAUGCAGUCCUGGUGCGUACUUGGUUACUAUGGAAAAAAAGGAACUUAUUGACGUUGUUGACUGUGUUUCGAAAAGUAAGAAUCCCUUCCUCUGCACCAAAUUUGCCACUUGUGAAAAGCUCAUGGCUCCAAGAGUUCUAUUUGCUUUAGAAGAAUGUAAAGCUGAAGUUGUUCCAGACGGUAUCAAAAGAUGCACACCCCAUUCCAUCGUUUUCGAAUCAAAGGAAGUUCCUGAAAAGAUCUUCGACUGUGUCGUUGAGAAAGUAGGAACGCUGGCCUUCCCUGAGAAGAAAAUCAUGCUUAAUUUUGAGGAAUGCACUAAGACGUUAUUUGAAGAAGACUGUAAGGGAAAAAGAAAAUAAUGUGGAACAUA